UGGAAACUUGUGGAUAUGAAUUAAGUGGACACAGUUUUAUUUCGUUUUAAUUUCUGGGUACCUUCGUUUCUGACCCAGUCAAUAGAGAUGGCGUUCUUUCUAUGAUCAUUCAACUCCUGUAAUUUCUCACGAUCUCUUCUACUCUCUCUUCAGUAUUCAAUCACAGAAAAACAUGUUCAUCUUUGCAGGAAAACUGCUCUUAUGGUUACUAUCUUUUAUUUUCAUAUAUUUAAUCAAUACCCCAACCUUAGCUCAACCUGAUUUCCUUUCCUACUUAUGCGAAAACGCUGCUAACUAUACCGCAAACAGUACGUAUAAAAGGAAUCUCGACAUCAGCCUCUCCACCCUCCUGGACACCGACAACGGCUUCGGUUUCUAUAACGACUCCACCGGCUUGGGUAAUGAUAGAGUCAACUCAAUCGCCCUUUGUCGUGGCGACCUCAACCCGGAUGCGUGUCAGAGUUGUGUAAAUGACUCCAUUGUUAACUUGCGACAACUCUGCCCUAUCCAAAAGGAAGCAAUAGGAUACUACGUUUUUUGUAUGGUUAGAUACUCCGCCCAGGGUAUACUGGGAAACCCGCAAAUAAGCUAUAAUGGGUCUCAGUUCAACGUCACAAGUACGUCCACGAAUAUUGAUAAGUUCAAUGAGGCUCUGGGUACAUUACUGAAUAGGCUGAUAGGCGUUGCGGCAGCUGGGGGUAACCUACUAAAAUUUGACAGUGGGAACACGUCUGGUCCAGGUUUCUCAACUAUCUACGCGCUUGUGCAGUGUACACCAUACCUAUCGGAGCAACAAUGUCGUAACUGCUUCGAUGAAUUGAUCCAACUCUUUCCAAGUUUGUAUGCGGGGAGCAUUGGAGGAAGAGUUCUUCUACCUACGUGUAAUCUUAGAUAUGAGAUAUAUCUCUUUUUUAACCAAAGUAAACUGGUCAUUACUCCACCACCACCACCACCACCAACACCACCACCAACAACACCACCACCACCACCACCACCAACACCACCACCAACACCACCACCACCAACAAGAGGUUUAACUUCUACUUGGUGCAGAGUGAGGCAGUGGUGUGGGCAAUGAUAGGAGACCCAUGGAAAAUUGGAUUCGAUCCUUGAGUCAAACGGGUUUAUCGGUAAUUUCACUGUCGUGCCUACGGACGUGUAGGUUACCGGAUUUUCCCCAUAAUUGGUGGUGGACUCGGUUUACUCUCAGAGUGGUGGGUUACAUGUUAUGAGAGAGAAGUAUUCGGUUUAACACCCUGAAACGCCAUUUUAUAAAAGGAAAAAGAAUGACUCGACUCGAACAGUGAUAAUAAUUAUUGUUGUGAUAGUCAUCGGUACUAUGAUAAUAAUUGCUUCAUUUAGUAUCUUUAUAAGAUUGAGGAAGAAGAAGAAAAAUCAAACCACACCACCUAACGCAGAAAGUCUUGACGCGGAAUCUUUUCACUACAGCUUCCGUAUGGUGAAAGCAGCAACAAACAACUUUUCCGAAGAAAAUAAGCUCGGACAAGGAGGAUUUGGAGCCGUUUACAAGGGUACCCUUGAUGACGGGCGCCAAGUAGCAGUAAAAAGGCUAGCAUGGAAUUCUGGGCAAGGGGAUCAAGAAUUUAAAAAUGAGGUUUUGCUAUUGGCGAAACUCCAACAUCGUAAUUUGGUUAGGCUAUUAGGUUUCAGCAUAAAAGGAAGUGAACGACUUCUCAUUUACGAGUUGCUACCAAAUGGAAGUCUUGAUCAAUUUAUAUUUGAUACAACUAAUCGUGCACUCCUUGACUGGGAAAAACGAUACAAUAUCAUUAAAGGUAUUGCAAAGGGACUAUUAUACCUUCAUGAAGAUUCUCGUUUAAGGAUAAUUCAUCAUGAUAUGAAGGCAAGUAAUGUAUUACUAGAUGCACAAAUGAACCCCAAAAUUGCUGAUUUUGGCAUGGCAAGAUUGUUUAACACUGACGAAACUCAAGGAGACACAAGUCGGAUUGUUGGAACUUACGGUUAUAUGGCACCUGAAUAUGCCCUGCAUGGCCAAUUCUCAAUGAAGUCUGAUGUCUUUAGCUUUGGAGUGUUAGUACUAGAGAUGGUAGCAGGUCAAAAGAACAAACGUUUUCAAAAUGGAGAGAUCAUUGAAUAUCUUCUUGGCUUCGCAUGGAGUAGUUGGAGGAAUGGGACAGCAACAGACAUAAUAGAUCCUACAUUGAAGACGGAAUCAUGUUCAUUGGAUGAUAUCAUUAAAAUUAUUCAAAUUGGCUUAUUGUGUGUUCAAGAAAAUGUUAGUGAUAGGCCGACCAUGGCUUCCGUUAUUCAUAUGCUUAAUAGCUUUACUACUAUUACGCUUCCCGUACCAGCAGAACCUGCAUUUUUCAUGCAUACCAACAAUGAUCCUGAAAUGCCACUCCUACACGAGUACAAUUCUUCUAGUGGGUCACAAUCACAAUCAAGAGUAUCUCGACAUUCUAUAAAUGGCGUUUCAGUAUCUACUUUUGUUCCUAGAUAGGUAAUAGAAUGCUUUGAUAUGUCACCCAUACAUUACAUUAAACGACUAUUUGAUUUUACCAUUUAAGAUUGUUGAGCAUAAGAAUGUAUUUCUGGAUUUUAUUUUCUAUAAUAAAUGUGUGUUUCUGUU